AUGGUACCAUAUCCAUCUUCUACUGAGCCAAAGACGGACUCAGCGCGUGCAAACGUUCUGUCUAGAACUUCACCUCGUGAGCGGCGAUUUCAUGGUGAAUUUAUCCAGCCACUUGUGGCAAGCGCAUUGGAGGAUUUGAGAACUGGAUAUAUACCAUCUGGCUCAAAAUGGUGUCUUCCCAGGGCCGUUCCUAGCGAAACACUACACGGACAGGAACGAUCAUUUGAAUUCGACCCGUCUACGAAAAAACGGAAACGGAAACUACAGUGUCCACAAAAUGACGAUGCUACAGCGGCCAUGGAGAGUCCUAAAUUGCUAGCUACACCACCGACUAUAUUAUCAUCGACUUCUAUCAACAAAUCUAGCUCCGUGUCAGAGCUUGAAGGGGUGGUGAAAAAUCCAUCCACUGAGGAGACCUUAUUAUUGAUCAGCCAAGAUGGGAUGCCUUGCCCAUCCGAAUAUAUUGUCCCACCUCGAUCUGCCUUUAUACUAUGUACCCUGCCCUUGUCGCAGGCAGAACCCCUCCAGACCCCGAUUCCCGGGUUACCUAGCAGCCAGCGAUUUAAUCUGAUGCUUUUCGAUCCGCCCUGGCCAAAUCGCUCUGUUCGACGCAGUAAGGGGUAUCAAACUCAUGCUUAUGAUGAGAUGGAUGUUCUGAGCCAGCGGCUUCAGGAUAUUUUACGUGUUCACGCCUUCCGUCCAAAUGGUGACUCUGCAGACACAAUCACAGCUCCAGAAUCACAACCGGAACAUUCCAGUCAAGAAAGCUUUGCAGCUAUCUGGAUCACCAACUCCGAGAGAGCUCGCAAAGUCGCCUACGAGUCCUUGUUGGCUUCUGGAUUUCGCAUCCAGGAGGAGUGGAUCUGGAUCAAGGUCACUGCGAAUGGUGAACCAGUGUGUCCAUUAAACGGGCUCUGGCGAAAACCAUACGAAAUCCUCAUCAUUGGGCGAAAAGACUCGGCUUCGGAUUUAUUGUCAGAUCCAGGCUGUGCGAUAUCGCCGACAAUCCUCAAUUCUACGGAUGACCUACUCGGUGUCGACCCGAGUACGAUUUCAAGGAGAGUGAUUGCCGCUGUCCCGGACCUCCAUUCGCGGAAACCGAAUUUGAAACCACUGUUCGAGCGGAUAUUAUUUGGCUGCACGUCGGGCUCUGAUCGUAAGUCUUACUCAGCACUCGAGGUCUUUGCUCGGAGUUUGACUUCCGAAUGGUGGGCGUGUGGGAAUGAAGCAGUGAAAUUCAAUGCUCGAGACUGCUGGGUUGAGCACGAUGACUCGGUAUGA